AGUGAAAAAUGGCCAGUUCAUCAACACAUUUUGACGACGAAUGCCCUAAAUUCUUCAAAGUGUUUCUCCCAAAGGAUUGCUCAAACCAAUUGCACAUUUGUUCCGAUUUCAAGACCCACCUCCAAACGGCUGUAAAAAGAAAGGCCACAAUCUUCAGGCCAGGAACAAACCAAGAAUGGAAAGUAGGUUUAGAAGAAGAAGAAGAAGAAUUCUACUUCAGAAUGGGUUGGAAAGAGUUCGUGAAAGAAAAUGACCUAAAAGUUGGAGAGUUUAUGGUAUUUACAUACCUAGGCAACUCCAACUUUAGUGUCAAACUCUACGGUACACACGGUUGCCUUAAGGAGACGGUCCAAGAAGGAGAAGCACCUGCCGAGAUCGAACUCAUGUACAAAAGAGGCAAACAGACUAGGAGACCGGGGGCUGGUCGACCACCUUCGUAUGACCCCGACGAGGAAUUAGUUAGGGUGGCCCAGGCUUAUCGGAGUGCUCACUCCGAUAUUCCUUCUUUCAUGGUCAAAAUCACUACUAGCUACCUCACCCACAACUUGGUGAAUAUACCAGUGCAGUGGGUGAAUGCCCAUAUGGAGGGAGGUGAUGUGCGAGAAAUCAAGCUACAAGGGCCGCCGCCGAGGAAAACAUGGACGGUGAAGAUGACCGUCUAUCGUCCAUCGUCCGGCUCUAAUUGUAAGCUAUCAAAGGGAUUAUCGGCAUUUUUCCUGGAUAAUUACGUCCAACUUGGAGAUAUUUGUGUGUUCGAGCUUGUGAAAAAUGCGCCUAAUACUUUGAAAGUUACAAUUUUCCGUAAGAAUGAUGUACUUGUAUUUCAAUCUUAGGUUAUGCAUGUACCUUUUUUUUUCCUAAUGAUUUUAAUCUAGCUUUUUAAUCGUCUCAUUUUAUUUUAUGUUCAUGUAAUUUGCAACUCAAUUGAAAGUAAUUAGUUCGUUAGAUUUUAUGCAUAUUGGUUUUAUUUUACCCUUGGUUACUUAGUUA